CACCUGUGGGAGGCAGCCAAGCAGUAAAGAGUGACAUGUUUGUCUGAAGGAAGAGUAGAAGAAGAAACAUGGCGGAUAAAGAAAAGAAGAAAAAAGAAAGUAUCUUCGACUUGUCUAAAUACAUCGACAAGCCGAUUCGGGUGAAAUUUCAAGGAGGACGAGAGGCGAGUGGUGUGCUGAAAGGGUUCGAUCCUCUACUGAACCUGGUGUUGGACGGAACAAUCGAAUACAUGCGAGAUCCGGAUGACCAGCUCAAACUUACAGAAGACACACGGCAGCUGGGCUUGGUGGUCUGCAGAGGAACGUCCGUGGUCCUCAUCUGCCCUCAGGAUGGCAUGGAGGCGAUACCCAAUCCUUUUAUACAGCAGCAAGACGGCUAAUAGCCAUGCUAAAACUGAUCUUCGUGUUUUAUUUUUAAUUUUUACUAGGUGUAUUUUGUUGACGUUUUCAUUGGACUCGUGAAAGCACUUUUGUUUCUUGGUGUUCAGAUGGCUUUGAUUUGAAAUGACUUACAAUAUUGUCAAAAGUUUUCUUUUACCGAGUCUGUUGACGUUUUACUAUGUUCUGUUUGUUUUAAUAAGGAAAUAAAUGGGGAAUGUUGUAUACUUUUGCUUUUUUUCCGCAAAGAUAACAAACAUUUGUACCUUAUUGUUCAUAGCAGUCAUAAAUCUCAAUAUUAUAACAAUAUAUAACUACACUUUUCAUUUGCUUCAUUUUUAUUAAUCUCAAUUAAAACUUCAGUAUAAGUCAUCUUGAACUAGAUCUAUAUCGGUUGUGCUCUCAAUGCAAGAGUU